CGCGCAGAGUUCAAUCAGCCAAAACUGAAAACACCUGUGAGAGGAAACGUGCUAUCAAGAUGUCCACAUCGACCCCCACACCGGGAAUGAAACUGAGCCCGUUGUUGUUUCUUUAAGCUAUGGCCGGCAUUGAUGUACUGUCAGCCAGGUUCUCUUCCUAUGAUCUAAUGUACAGUCAUGAUGUUCGAGAGCAAAGCUUUGCAGACUGGCCAUUCAGAGAGGAGUGUAACUGCACACCUGAGAAGAUGGCCACGGCCGGGUUUGUCCACUGCCCCAGUGAGAAUGAGCCGGAUGUUGCUUGCUGUUUCUUCUGUCUGAUCGAGCUGGAGGGCUGGGAGCCAGACGACGAUCCUUGGUCUGAACACUUGAAACGCUCCCCUAACUGUGGAUUCUUAAACCUGAAGAAAGACUUCACCGAGCUGACUGUGGCGGACUACAAUCACAUGGAGAAGGAGAGGCUAAAGAUAUACAUUCCUUUCUCCGCUGAUGCCAGGACUGGAAAAGACAAACCUUUUGGAGAGGUAGCUGAAGAGGCAAGGGGGAGUCCUCUUGUACAACGGCCUUCGAGGCACCUUCCCCUUCUUACAAUUGCCUAAAGGACCACAAUGAUAAACACACUCGAACACACCAGCGCUUGCUCUCACCUCUUCAUCUUUACACUCUGCCACCCCGCUCUUUGUUUACUUCAAGUGCAAUCAUGUUCUUCAACGCCGUCAUUAAAGUCAAAACGGAAUCUUUUGUCGUUAGUCAAGUGAUAUAAAUGUGUUAGGAACCUUGUCAGCUUGAGCUGAUCUGGAAUAUUGUGUAGUUUAUUUCCUCUUCCUUCAAUUUAAAUAAGGUUUUACGAUAUGUGCUGUGAGUUGAGGUUAUUUUCAAAGAAAGAAAAAGUAUCUGACAAACUGAUUUAUGACGUCCGUAUUCAUAUGAUGGAAAUCUGGUGCUUUUCUCUCUUUUGAGGUUGAAUUCUUUGCCCUACAGUGUUUUGGCAUGAGCUAGAUGGGAAAAUGGGACAUGUGGGAGACAGAACUCCGAAAAGCCUCUGUGACACAUUCACCUGUUCCCCAGAGCGGUUUUCCCAGGGCCCACAACAGCCUCCCGCCUGACCUGAUAGAAACCCCGGAGCACACACACACACACACACACACACUCACACAUCCUGCAACACAUCUCUAUUGCCACAAAGUUCUCCUAUAUUCACUCCAUCUUGGUCUUCAUUUUUUAUAUUAGUUUGUCCAUGUUCAAAAUGAAACCGAGCCACUUAACAUUCAUUUUCUUUA